AUGGCACCUCAGUUGUGCGUCAUGAAUCCUGCGCAGGGAUCGCCACCUUCGGCCGCACCGGGGGACACUUCCGCGGAGGAGCACGCCUCCGAGGGCUCCGCGCCCGAUCAACUCGACCUGUCACCUGGCUCCAGGUGUAAAGGCAAAAGCGUGGAGCUGCCUUUUAGUGUCGAGUCGCUCAUUUCGGACGUGAAGCACACUAGAAUCAGGCAACGAUCCCCGGAGCCCGGCAUGCGGGUAGAAGAGGACACCGGGCGCACUUCACCAAUGGAAUUUAAUCGCUUCAAAGGAGAGAAUGUGGACGUCAACGACAAGGAGAGCAGCCCUUGGUCACAGUCUUCUUAUACAUCACCUCCUAGACUCCCCAGUCCGAGCCACUGCAACCUUCGCAAACAUAAGAACAACAGGAAACCCAGAACUCCGUUCACGAGCACUCAGCUGCUGUCUCUGGAGAGAAAGUUCCGCCAGAAACAGUACCUGUCCAUCGCCGAGAGAGCGGAAUUCUCCAGCUCCCUGAGCCUUACAGAGACACAAGUCAAGAUCUGGUUUCAGAACCGCAGGGCCAAGGCCAAGAGACUGCAGGAGGCCGAGUUGGAGAAACUUAAACUGGCCGCCAAGCCGCUGCUGCCGGCCUUUGCGUUUCCCUUCCCCCUGAGUGCUCCUAUGGGCGCCCCGGCCCUCUACGGGGCUGUGAACGGCCCGCGGCCAGCCUUACCCUUACCAGGACUAUUCGGCGGACCCUAUGGGAUGUACUACUUAUCUUAA